CCCCCGCAACAUGGUACCUGCCCUGACAGCCACCAGGCGCCUCGCUCCCGGGUUCCCGCCGUUCUCUUUCGCCGUCCUUCCGAGGAGGCUGCCCGGAGGCCACCGUCGGGGCGACUUGAAAGUGCAAUAAUUAAGAGCCCGCGCGCCGCCGCCGCCGCCGCCAGUGACAUUUGUUGGCUCGCUUGUUUGUAAACUAGAAGACGCUCGGGAGCCCUUGUCUCCGAGGCAGGUAUUUCUGCCGCCCUCCCUCCCCCUCCCUCCCCAUUCCGCCGCCUCGUCUUCCUUCCCCUCCGAAAAGGACGAGAGACGGGAACUUCUUACAGGGUUACUAUGCAAUUGCGACUGGUUUCUUGGGUCUUUAUCACUUUGAACUUGAUGGAAUACGUCGGCAGCCAGCAGAACCCUCCCAGAGUCCGGCGGCAGGGAAUGAAUCUCGAUAUGAGCCAAGAUUGCCAAGGAUGUGCAACAUGUUCCCAGUUCAAUGGAUGCUUAACAUGUAAACCUCGACUCUUUUUUUUCCUGAUGAGGAGUCAAAUUAGAGAGAUAGGGAUGUGUUUUUCAUCCUGCCCCAAUGGAUAUUAUGGACAACGGUACCCAGAAAGAAAUGAGUGUAAAAAAUGUAAAGCUGACUGUGAAACCUGCUUCAAUAAAAAUUUCUGCACAAAGUGUAGAAAUGGGUUUUACUUACACCUUGGAAAGUGCCUUGGAAACUGCCCUGACUGGCUGGAAACCAACAACCACACUAUGGAGUGCAACAAUAUUGUGCAUUGUAAAGUUAGUGAAUGGAGCCAAUGGGGUCCCUGCAUGAAGAGAGGGAAAACGUGUGGUUUCAAAAGGGGGAAUGAAACGAGGGACAGAGAAAUCUUACAACUUCCUUCUACAAAGGGGAAACCAUGCCCACAUACAACUGAGACAAAAAAAUGUAUUAGAGAUCCAACAGAGAGAAAGAAAUGCCGGGCAGGAGAAACAGGAAGAAGAAACAGAGAGGAAAGAAUAAAAAAACCAAAGACAGAAGAAAGCAAGGGAAACAGGCAGGAAAACAGUGGCCGAGAAUCUAGAAGACAAAACCGAGGACAACGGGACAACAAAAGUAAAACACAGUUGAAGAAAAGAAGAGCACAGGAUAAACAGCAGAAACCAGUAGCUACCAGCACUGUACACUAAAUCGCCUUUACACCACUGUUUAAGACUUUUGCUGCUGCUAUUUCCACCAGUUCAGCUGGUGCUCCCCAAUUAAGCCACAAAUGGACAAUAUUUCCAGUUAUUCUUAAAUCUUAAAUGACAUUCCAAAUAAUUCCUAUUAUAUUCUUCAUGCAGUCAUAGUUUAUUCAAGAGACUGACAUGAGCCAAGAUUUCUUUUUUUUUACGUAAAAGAAAAACCCUUUAAAUGGAAUACUUUCAAACUGUUAUAUUAUAUGCUUCCAUGCAUCUCUAAGAGGCAAUUUAAAAGUUUUGUAUAUAAUUAUCAAUAUGGUAUAAGGUAUAGCAAUAUAUUGAAUGACAUCUGCGGGGGAGAAGUUUUUCCUUUGUAAAAUAUUUUUUCAAUCUUAUUGUUUAUGAAGCAAGAGAUAUCUAAGUAAAAUAUACAGUAUCCCCUUGUGCAUAA